AUGAUUUUCAAAUUCGCGGCCCUCAAGGCGUCCAUGACGACGGCCACCGAAAACACGGGCCGUUUGGUCAACUCUCGUGUGCUCAAGGCGGUGCUGGUGAUCAUGGCCGUCUGGGUGGUUUCCUUCAGUGCCCUUAAUAACAUCGACACCUUGGCCGGACGGCGGGUUGAGAAGAACAGGGGCGCGUUCGACCGUCUCGCACACGGCGGACCACAAACACAAAACCAUCCACAGACAUCGACACAGGGGCAUGUAUCCGACACAGACGUACCAGAACUGCAGACGCCAUCACGACCUCACGACACCCUCAUCACCUAUGUGUACGCUGAGUCUGCGUUUGGCCGCGAGAACCUCGCGUACUUUAUACAGAUCGGGCUGCACCGCGCCGCCGACUUUGUCUUCAUCUUCAACGGCGAGACCGACGCCGCCAACCUCUUGCCCGACUGGGACAACAUCCGCGUCGUCCGCCGCAACAACACCUGCUACGACAUGGGCGCCGUAGGCGAAGCGCUGCGGACCAACAACCUGUGGAAGAGCUACACCAAGUUUAUGAGUAUCAACUCCAGCCUGCGCGGGCCCUUUGUCCCCUAUUGGUCCGGCGGCUGCUGGACCGACCUUUACCUCAAUAAGAUCACCGACACCGUCAAGUUUGUCGGCCUCACGGCCAACUGCCAUCCGCGUCCGCACGUCCAGUCCAUGAUCUUCGCCACCGACGACACGGGCAUGUCCAUCUUGCUCGACCCGGACCAUGCAACCUCAGGCGUGGCCGACAAGUUCGGCGGCGCCGACGACCCUGUCGGCCUCACCGGCUGUUACAAUAACCACCGCUCUGCCGUCCACUCCGAGGUUGGCCUGACGACGCUGAUCCAGAACGCCGGCUACGCCGUCGACGUCAUGAUGGCCGCGAUCCACCAGGAGACAAGCCUCGAGGCGUACUGCAAUGCCACGAACAGCAAUGAUGUUCUGUUCAACGAUGCCUACUUUGGCUUCAACGUCCACCCCUACGAGACCAUUUUUAUCAAGACGAACCGCGACAUCGAUCCGGUGGCCAUUAAGAAGCUCUCCGAGUGGCAUCUGAAACGGAACAUGACCUCCCAGACGCUGUGCCCAGCACGGUGA